GCCUUGACAAUGCUUCCUCGUUCGGUCCCCCUGUUGCUGACACUGUUACAGCUUACAGUACUUACUUAUAUGAGUGCUGGGGCGUACUAUGGACACAAGCAACACCCUCAGCAAUACCAAGCAAUGCAGCACCUCCAACACAUGGGCAAAGAAGGCUUUCCCCAACAACAGUACCAUGGCAAAGAAGUACCCUAUAUGCAGUAUCCCCACUACAGGAAGGAGCUACCCCCAAUGCCUAUACACAAGGGCAAAGAAAACCCGCGUAAAGGGGGCGGCUAUAUUGGUGGCCAAGACAAAGGUCAGACAAUCCUAAGUGGGCCUGAGGGAAUUCCCCAAGGAGAGCAAGGCCCUGCUGGGCCACCAGGACCAGAGGGACCCACGGGACCUCCUGGACCUCCAGGGAUUGGACAGCCUGGACCUGCAGGCCAACCUGGAUCUCCUGGCCCACCCGGAGGGCCUGGAUUUGGAAAACCAGGUUUGCCAGGACUGCCAGGAAAGCCAGCAGAAAAAGGGGAUGCUGGGCCUCAAGGAGCAAUGGGCCCUGUGGGGGAAGAAGGGCCAGUCGGCCAGACAGGGCCUCAGGGUCCCCCAGGACCACCUGGGCUGCCAGGAAUAGGUAAACCAGGAGGACAGGGAUUACCAGGCCAACCAGGACCUAAAGGAGAUCCUGGUCACAAAGGUCUGCCAGGACUACCGGGACUACUUGGACCCAAAGGCAAUAAAGGAAUGGGACUACCUGGACAACCUGGUCACAAAGGGCUCCCAGGGUCUCCAGGACAGCCUGGCCCUCGCGGGCUAACUGGUUUUGGAAAGCCUGGCUUGAAUGGGGCACCAGGACCACAGGGACAUCCAGGAGAGAAAGGACAUCCUGGAGAGCUAGGACCAGCUGGGCCAUCUGGUGAAAGAGGACAGCCUGGCCCACCAGGUCUUCCUGGUCAAGGAAAGCCAGGUCAAAAUGGCCUGCUGGGACAACCGGGCAUGCCAGGAGGGAAAGGUCAUCCAGGAUCACCAGGUUUGCCGGGAAAGCCGGGACCUCCUGGAUUUGGUAAACCAGGACUCCCUGGAGCAAAGGGGGAUAAAGGCAUGGGUGGGUCACCUGGACUUCCUGGACCAAAAGGAGAUAAGGGCCACGAAGGACUACCCGGUAUGCUUGGACCCCCUGGAGCAAAUGGUCCACAAGGUCCUCCAGGCCCGAUGGGAAUUCCAGGAGGUUUAGGUGCAACUGGUCCAAAGGGAGACUGUGGAGAAAGAGGGCAAAACGGGUUAGAUGGAGCCCAGGGUGACCCUGGUGCCUCUGGGAUAUCUGGUAAAGAUGGUCUGCCUGGAGAGCAGGGAGAGCCAGGACCAAGAGGCCCACCAGGACCAAGUGGUGCAAAAGGAGACGGUGGACACAAGGGUCUCCCUGGUACCCCUGGUUCCCAAGGACUGCCUGGGCCAAAAGGAGAAGUUGGAUUACCUGGAAGUGUUGGUCCUCAAGGUCCUAAAGGAAUCCCAGGAAUGGAUGGAACAGCUGGAUCAAUUGGGUUGCCUGGGGUUCCUGGGCCAAAAGGAGAUAACGGUGUACCAGGUCAACCAGGCAUUGCAGGUGUGGGAAAUCCAGGGAUUCCUGGACCCAUAGGACCUCCAGGAAAAGAGGGCUCACCAGGGACCCCUGGAGAACCAGGUCAGCGUGGCCUUCCUGGACCACCAGGCCCACCUGGAGUGUCUGGUCUCUCUCCAGACCUGGUAGGAGUGCUUUCUGAGAUGGGCCCUGGGAUAGAUGGUGUUAAGGCCGGUGGCUAUAGUAAGAAGGGCAGGUAUGGAGGCGAUGGGGCCGAAGUAAUGGGUGCCACUGGUUUGGAAAUGCCAGCAUUCACAGCAAUAAUAACAACUCCCUUUCCACCUGUGGACACCCCUGUAAUCUUCGAUAAGCUCUUGUACAAUGGUCGCCAAAACUACAACCAAGAGACAGGAAUCUUCACCUGCGAGAUGCCUGGGAUUUAUUACUUUGCCUACCACAUCCAUUGCAAAGGAGGUAAUGUGUGGGUGGCUUUGAUGAGGAACAAUGAGCCAGUGAUGUAUACGUAUGAUGAGCACAAAAAGGGAUUCCUCGAUCAAGCAUCAGGGAGUGCGGUACUACCACUUAAACCUGGAGACACUGUGCAUGUUCAACUGCCCUCGGGUCAGGCUUCAGGACUUUAUGCUGGGCAGUAUGUGCACUCCUCCUUUUCAGGGUAUUUGUUAUAUCCAAUGUAAAGCCAUAAACCACAGGGGGAGAGGGAAGCUUCACUGAGAACAAAGUGGGAGCAUAUUUUUGUAUAAUACAAAACAUGAUCAGAAAUCCACUUUUUAAGACUCAGCCGUCUUUGUAAUGUAACGUCGACAAAAUAUUGAUGAUUGUCAGCUGUGAUGAGAGGUGAGGGAAAAUU